AUGUUUGGUGGAUACGUUACCAUGCUCCUAGAACGUAUCCUUGCAGAUUGCUGCUGGCCGGCGGCCCUAGCAUACCUCAACACAUCCUUUGCGCACUCUGUUCCACCGGACGUUCCGAUCCGCCUGCGUGCGUGGCCAGAGAAAGUUGAAGGACGCAAAUUCUACCUUACGGCGUCCAUCCAAAUCCCUGGGAGUGAGGUGGGUCGGCUCAUUUAUGCCAUUCAGGAACUGUUACUUCAAUUUGACAUAUACUUGGAAGAUGCACUUCUCAUUAAUUCUGCCUGCAAGGAUCCUUUCCAUCCUAAGGGAACCAAAUCGCUUCCCCGAUUUGUUAUCCAGGACUAUAUGUGUGACAAAUUGGGCAUGGUUGGUGCUUACACUGUUGGCACAUAG